AUGACCUUCAUAUUCUUGACUUAUCUCUCAAAAUUCGUGCUGGUGUCAAUGGUUUAUUACUUGAUUGUGUUCCCGUUCGUUUUGGGCAUUAAUACUGUGUUAUGGGGACCACUGGGGAUCACUGUCGCUGUCGUUCACUCGAUAUUGCAGGUCAACAUGUAUGCCACAGCCCUGACACGGCUUCACAGUUUCGAAUAUGCCACUUUGAUGUUUGAAAAGCUUGUCAAGAGCAGAUCAGAUCACGCAGCUCUAGUGAACCUCAUUUACUUGCCUGCUGUGCAGCCCAUGAGAGUGGAACCGAAACGACACUGGUCUAAAAGCAUACCGGUACUUCUGUUCAAAUUGGCUAUCCGUGCCAGCAACUUUUCAGUGCUGUUUGUGAUAUCGUUUGUACCCAUUGCAGGCGUAUUUAUCGUCCGGUUGUUGCGUUCUGGCGCAAUUGGCUACCAGUAUUCUGUUCCAUUUCUAGCGAUGCAAAAGCCAUUGCAAUUGAACCAAGGGGAUGUAUUUUAUCGUGAAUUUGGCAGAUACGCUGCUUUUGGAAUUGUUAGUGGCUUUUUAGAAUGUAUGCCACUUUUGUCUGGCUUGAUCAUUGCCUCUAAUUACAUCGGUCGUGGUUUCUGGCUGCUCGACGAAAGCCGGUCAAACCACAUCAGUUAG